GGGGUGAGGUGGGAUUCACCAGCCCUGAGCUCUGCUGCUUGCGCUCCUGCACUGAAUCACCUCAAUUACAGAUUCACUUGGAUGCGAUUUGGGAAGAAAGGGAAAGAAAAAAAAAAAAGGGAAAAAAAAAGCGCACAACAAAAAAAACAACCCAGCCCUCUUUUUUUCUUCCUUCUCCUCCUCCUCCUCCCCUGGGAAGGGGCGACAGCAGCAUAAAUAGCGGCUGGCGCAGCACGGGGCCAGCUGCAAAGCGAGCGGCCGGCUUCCCCUGGCACGCGUGGCACGGCGGCGGGCACCCUCCACCAUGGCAGAGCCUUCGCUGCCCCUCUCCUUCCUCUGCCUCCUCGCCUUGUCCUCUGCCUGCUACAUCCAGAACUGCCCCCGGGGCGGCAAGCGGGCCCUGGCCGACACAGCCCUCCGACAGUGCAUGCCCUGUGGCCCCGGGAACAGAGGCAACUGCUUCGGCCCUGGCAUCUGCUGCGGCGCGGAGCUGGGCUGUUACCUGGGCACGGCGGAGACGCAGCGCUGCGCCGAGGAAGACUACCUGCCUUCACCCUGCCAGGCCGGCGGGCAGCCCUGCGGCUCUGGCGGCCGCUGCGCCGCGCCCGGCAUCUGCUGCACCCCCGAAACCUGUGCGAUGGACGCCGGCUGCCUGGCUGAGGGCGGUGACGGGGCUCAGGAGACGGCGGAGAAGAAUCUGACGGUGCUGGACGGCUCGGCUGGAGAUUUGCUCCUCAAGCUGAUGCACUUGGCAAACCGGCAGCAGCAGCAGCAGCAGGGCAAGCACCCCCUCCUCUGAACUGGGGCGCCGGGCGUCCCCCCCUCACCCUCACCGACCCUCCCUCACCCCAGCCUUGUAAAUACCAGACCCAAUAAAAGUCCUCGUGCACUGUGGUGGCUUAGUCUGGGAUCAACAGGGGACCCAUCCUGGGCUUGGGGAUGGGGGGGGCCAGUGUUGGUGGGUCUUUAUCCCCCCCCCAAACUCCCACCCAGCCCUGUGGGGUUCAGCUCGCCUCCGCAGAGGUUUUGCUGGGCUGGGUGCAGGAUUUGGCCCCGUCCUCACAGCGCUAAGAAGCUCAGGCAGAGCUGGCCUUUGGGAUCUGGCCACCGAGUCCCACCCCAGGUGCUCUGGUAGCACCCCUGGGUGCUGAGCACCCCCCUCCUCAGCACCUCCAGCCCCGGGAGAUGGGGGAUGGCUGGGAUGUGUCACCAUCGUGUUACCUCUUGGCCAAGACCCCUCUUCUGUGGCAGAUUUGGGGCCUCAUUGCGUUCAGGAACCGGGACAACAGGCAGCUUCAAGCCACGUCUAGUAAAAAUGAUAAAAAGUAAGGAAAACCACCCAAAAAAACCCUAAGAGCGGAAAGGUUUGGGUUCCCAACAUCACACAGCCCCCAGGGCUGGGCUCAUCUUUCCCUUCCACCGCUCACCAAACUGGUUCCCUCCAGACCCCAAUGGACAGGAUCAGCCCGCGGUUAUUCCACCAUCACCCCCCCAGUUCGGGGUACCGUUACCCCAACCCUCUCCCCGGGUCUCUUACCCUGCUGGGGUCCCUGCUCCGGGCUGGGAUCUGGCCACAGCGCGAGGGACACCUCGUCCUUUAUAAUGUCCCCGAGGGAGGUGGCACCUCCGGGGAGGUGGAGCUCCUCCGCGCCAGCGGGACCCAUCCUGCCCCCGGCGUCUCCCCACGCCUCAAAGGGGGGUGCAGGAUGAGCCCAGCGCCUGCUCCCCGCAACGAGCAGCUUAUCCCAGCCCUGGGGAGGUGGGGGGGAGGACCCCAAAAUCUCCCCAAAAAUAAUUGGGAAAGGGGCAGUGCCAAUGUGGAUGGGUGACCCUGAGCUGGACGCCUGUGAGACGAAAAAAUUGAGCUGUUAAACCCAGCCUUGGCACUCGGCCUGUUUCGGGGUGCAGGAUGUGAACCCCAACAUCUCCUGCAGCAGCGGGGAUAUGUCACUGAGCAGGGAUGAUGCUCCAGGCUGACAGGAGCCAUCACAUUGGGGUGUCGUGGUGCCAAAAAACACCAGGAACUGAUAACUGUUUUUUUUUUUUCUCCACACUUCUCUCCCCAAAAUGCACCCCAACCCCACCCACGGGGGUCUGGGCGCCCCCAAACUGGCCACAGGGGCUCUGAGAUGGUGAUUUUCCACUCCCACAGGCAGGGUAGAGCCGCUGAGCCAUCAGACAGCAGGUGCUGAGCCCCAUUUCCAACCCAUUAACAUGGACCCCAGCGCCCAGCUUGUCCCCAGGGAUUAGGACUUGUCACCCACCUGACCCCGGGAGGGUGACAAGGACCUCACCCCCCACCCCUGCCGCCAUACUAAGUGACAAAUUUCGAAGCAAGGCCGUGAGGAUGAGCAGAGGUCACUGCUCUCCGGCUCCGGGCUGCCUAAUUCCCAAUUAAGCAGGCGCGGGGAGGGAGCGGGGUAACGUCUCCACGGAUGUUAUGCCUCGUCCGCAGCGGAGGAAUUUAUUCAAGGUGGGAAGCUCUUAAUUGCGGUAACGAAGGCGAGGGGUCGGGGUGAGCAGGACUCUGCAUGACCACAUCAGCCUUCAGCCCCAUCCUCGGUGCUGUUUCCCCGGGGGGGCUUUGUCUGGAGCUGACGUGGCCCAGCACAUCACGUUCAAGCCCUGAGCGCAGCCCGAGGGCAGAAAAAACAGGGAAAUUUGGUCACAUUCAAGCCCCAGGGCAGAAACAAGAGGGAAAUUUGAUCACAUUCAAGCCCUGGAUGCAGCCCCAGGGCAGAAACAAGGGGGAAUUUUUGUCAUGUUCAAACCCCAGACCCAGCCCCAGAGCAGAAAAAAACAGGAAAAUCAGGUCACGUUCAAGCCCUGGGCACAGCCCUAGGGCAGAAACAAUGGUGGAACUUUGUUCACGUUCAAGCCCUGGGUGCAGCCUCAGGGUGGAAACAAGGGGAAAUUUGAGUUUUCAGGCCUUUGCUGCUGAAGUUUGUUUUUUUCAGGCUGCUGAUAGAUGAAAGCAGGCAGGGAUGGGCUCUGUGUCACCCCAGUGUUGAGCAUCCCCCCAAAGGCAGGCAGAGAUGGGUGAAAAUUCCCCGCCCUGCAGCUGCUCCUGGAGGAGGAUACAGGUUUGGUUUCCCCCCUCCCCAGAAGGGCUUUGCAGCCCAGGGAUGCACAAACUCCCCUGCUCGCCCCACUCCCGGGAGAAACACCCACCUCCAUCCCUACCCGACCCCACCAGUGGGACAAGGGUUGGCAGAGACAGGACCCAGCCCCGAGCAGCAUCCGCAGCCUCCACAAUCGUCACCAAAGAGAAAACCAAGCCCUUGGCCUUGACCUCACGUCCUCGACCUCCGGCUAUUAGGUGUGGAAAGCAAUGCCUUGUGGUUUUUAAGGGAAACGGGUGACGCUGGUGCCAGCGUGUGUAAGGAGGAGCUGGUGCUCUAUAUAUACACGACGGCUCGCCGGGGGGGGAAGACGCCAAAAAGCUUCCUGGCCCGCAGCCAUGCCCUGCAAGGCGCUCGCCCUCUGCCUCCUGGGGCUCCUGGCUCUCUCCUCCGCUUGCUACAUCCAGAACUGCCCCAUCGGGGGCAAACGCGCCGUCCUGGACAUGGACAUCAGGAAGGUACGUCCUGGGGGGGCUGCAAAACCUCCUACCCCACUCCCUUCCCUUCUCCCAACCUUCCUGGGGGGUACGGUGGAAGGAUGAGGGGAAAGGCUCAACCUAUCCCCAGCUGCUUUCCCAAAUAACUCCCCACACACACUUUUCUUCCCCCUUUUCCCCACACAGUGCAUGCCCUGCGGCCCCAGGAACAAGGGUCGUUGCUUUGGUCCCAACAUCUGCUGCGGGGAAGAGCUGGGUUGUUACAUCGGCACCUCCGAAACGCUGCGGUGCCAGGAAGAAAAUUUCUUGCCAACCCCCUGCGAGUCGGGGCACAAAGCCUGUGGCGGGAGCGGAGGGAGCUGCGCAGCCCCCGGCCUCUGCUGCAGCAGCGGUGAGGGCAGCGCCGCGUCCUCCUCGGGCACCAGAGGGAAUUCAGGGUUCUGAUAUCAAAGUCGGAGAGGGGACGUCACCCAAGGGACCUUCUUGGUCCUGUCUGUCUAUUCCAUCCUGCUCCCCAACUGCCCCACUCAGGGCAGACCCCAGGGAGAGUAAAAACAGACUGAGGUUUUGGGGUGAGAGGCCAGCAGCCAAAUUUAGGGGCUGAUCAAGCACCCCCUCCUGCUUGUAUUGUUUUUUCAAAAAUCCUACCCUCCUCCCCAACUCAGAUGCUACCAGAGAUCCUGCAACAAAUCCUGGGGAGCUAGAGGGCACUGAGCACACGAUCUCACUCUUUUGGGGGGUGGGGCUCGGCGGGCUGGUCUGUGCCUUCUCUUUUCACACAGCGCUCUCCCCAUUCUCUACCCCCGCAGAGGGCUGC